CCCCCUCGCGACGACUCCCCCUAGGCGCAUGGCUGACGUCCCGCAACACGUCCGGAAAUUCCUGUUCAGGUCGUGUGAGAGCAGGAACUCGGCCUCGUCUGAAUGUCUUGAGGUGCUGAUUCCCGAGGUAGUAAGUCCCAGCUAUGGCAUGUACACGUGGCCAUGUGCCCCAGUGUUGGCACAGUAUGUUUGGUACCACCGUCACGACUUCCCAAAACGCAAUGUCCUUGAGCUUGGCGCAGGAACGGCACUCCCGGGCAUUGUAGCAGCCAAAUGUGGAGCCAAUGUCAUUCUGUCAGACUCAGGGCAGCUACCCAAGUGUCUGCAGAACUGCGAGGUGUCAUGUCAGGCCAAUGGCAUGGUUGGGUCAGUCGCAGUGGUAGGGAUAACCUGGGGCCUUUUCACCCCCGAGCUCUUGGAUCUCGGGCCCAUAGACAUCAUCUUGGGCUCCGACUGCUUUUAUGACCCAGCUGUGUUUGAGGACAUCCUGGUGACAGUGUCAUUUUUGUUGGAGCACAACCCCCAUGCCCGGUUUGUGUGCUCUUACCAGGAGAGAGCGUCAGACUGGUCGCUAGAACACCUCCUGCAUAAAUGGAACCUGUCAUGUACCCAGCUGCCCCUAGCGACCUUUGAUGCAGACAUACCCAAUAUAGCCGACUCCAACUUACCUGGUUCUCACACAGUUCAUGUGUUUCAGAUCACCAGAACCACUCGAAGUUGA